GUCAGAGUUUGGGCUAUAUGCUUUUAAAGUCGACAUCGACAUCUCAUGAGAUGCGAGUUGAGAUAUUGUAAAAAGAUAAUUAUCGUAAAAUUUAUACGAAAAUGUCGAGUCCUGUUUCUCAUAGGGAUGAGUCUACGGACUUGAGUCCUACAGUUACAAACACGUCAAUGGAUUCGGAGCCGAAGAAGACGGGCAAGAGAGUGCUCUCAUGUGUGCUCUGCCAACAGAGGAAAAAGAAAUGCGAUCGGAAGAGUCCGUGUUCAAAUUGCAUAAGGCUCAAAACAGUCUGCACUCCAAGUUUACCAGCUCCGCCAAGGAAGCGCAGACGUCCGAAUCAAGAUCUUCUGGAAAGGCUUGCGAGAUGUGAAGAACUCCUCAGGCAUUGUACUUGCAUAAGACUUCCAACACCAGAGCAUAGUCCGCCAAAUCAACGCGAAGAAUCACCUCUGAGUUUACACGACGGUGAUGAUUUGAAAAGGAAGAGAAGCAGAGAGCCGUCGCCUACAGAAGCAGAGUGAUGGACACCUGGAGUCGUUCUCUCGUGCGAAUAAGUUCUCGAAGAAAAUAUGGAUGGUCGGUCGGUUUGUUGUUUGACAUUGAAGUCUUCCUGGCAUGAAGCUUCACAUUUCUUGAGACCCGGUUUCUUGCAAUUGGGGCUUUGACUUCAUGGGAGUUGAGGCCUUUCUUUGGGGAUGGACCUUUUGGCAGACAUUGAUGGAUGAUUUGCCUGCAUUUAUGACGAUACCCAGUUCAUUUCUUUCAAUGUCUCAGUUCCUGAGUUACAAAAUAAUCAUUUUGCACGAUCCCUCUUUAUACAAGACGACCAGAUACUUAUACAAUCACCAUCCAAACCUAGUCGUUCAAACACGCGGCAGCUCGCGUUUAGAAUAGCGAAACCGAAAUGCGAAAACGUAAAAAA